AUGGGAUUCCCAGAACGAGACGCAGAUGCGGGGGAAGAUGACGAGGAAGCGCAAAGAGUGGCGAGUUCAGGCGCGGCGAUAAAAGCGAAGAAGGUCGUGACGAAGAAUAAAGCGAAAGCGGAGGGAGCGGAGAAGGAAGCGGGGGAGGAAGCGGGGGAAGGAGCGGAGGAGGAUGACGCGCUGCUGACGAAGCCGCCGUCGAAACGGCAGCAGUUGAUGCAGCACUUACAAUCCCCCGUUUUUAUCACCCGGCUAGUUAUGAUGGCGUUUCUGGUGAUUGUGGUGGUGGUUCUCACAGUCGGCACGUGGUUCGCCGCCAGAACUGCCUACAGCCAAUCGCUCGACGCCGUCGCCCUUCAGCUGCGCGAGAAGACACUAGUGGGCGUGCAGGAGCAGUUUCUGCUGUACAUAAACCGCGACCGCGACGUGCUCGUGUCGCUCUCCUCUGUGCUCGAAACCACCUUCCAACAGCUGCGCACGUGGAACCUAACCCUUAACGAUAGCCUCAGACUGGUCCGUCCCCUACUCUGGUCGUUCUUCAAGAGCUCACUCCCACACAUCACCACGCUCGGCUACUACAGCAUGACAGGCCCUUUUGUAACAUACGCACAGUACGACCUGGCUAAACAGUCCUUCGCCUCGCAGGACGGAUCUCUCUCCAUGGUCUAUUCCAGAAACGUUCUCCCCAACUCCACCGCCCCCUGGUUCAUCCUGCCCACAAACUCCUCCUCCGGGCUGCCCGCAAACAACACCCCGACGGCGUUCAAGCCACUGCGACUAGGAUCCGUGGAGCUAUACCAGCAGAUUGAGCGCGGAGAGGAGAACCUCCUGUGGACGUUCAACGCGAUUCAGGACCUGUCCGGCCCGAUGCUUGUCGCCAGCUCGGCUGUGCACAGCCCAGGGGUGACUCCCCCUGCGGGCGUGCUCAUUCUCGGGUCGUCCGUGGGCAUAGUGAACCGGUUUCUCGUGCAGGACACGAUAGAGGGGUGCGUGAUGUACAUCGGGAGCUCUGAGGGGUUCCUGGUGGCUACGUCAACAGGGGUAGCUACGUCCACUCCAACUGGGGAGGGGCGGCUGCAGCAGUUUGUGAAUGCGACGGAUGUGGAGGAUGCGACGAUUGCAGGCGUGGCGCGGUAUUUGGAGCGCGAGUACGGGCUGCCGGCGCUGGUGGCGGGGAAUUAUAGUCUGAGCAAUGUGGAUGUGGUGGGGCGCGCGUGGUAUGUCAGCAGCAUGGGCUUCGCCGUUGAUAACCUGAAGCUGUAUCUGGUGAUCAUCCUGCCACGCACGUCCAUCAUGGGAACGGUGGAUCAGGAGAUGGAGACAAUGAUCAUCGUGACAUCCUGCGUGGCGGUGGGGCUGCUGCUGCUGGGGUGGGUGGUGGUGAUCUUCCUCACGCUCUACGUGGACACGCGCAUGCGCCCCAAGGAGGAGCUGCAGCGCCAGAAGGAGGAGACGCAGCGAGCCCAGGCGGCCUCGGAGGUCAAGAGCCAGUUUCUUGCCAACAUCUCCCACGACCUGCGGACUCCCAUGGCCGGCAUCCUGGGCCUGCUGGACAUAAUGCUGUGUGACCAUCUAACGGCCGAACAAGAAGCCAAUCUGAGGCAGAUGAAGUCGUGCUGCGCUUCCCUCCUUGGGCUGCUAAACAACCUGCUGGACCUGGCCAAGGUGGAGGCGGGCCGCAUGCAGCUGGAGGUGCUGGAGUUUGACAUUGUGGGCGAGCUCGAGUCGCUCGUCGACAUGUUCAGCGUGCAGGGAUUGAGCAAUGGCACGGAGAUUGCUCUCGAUCUCUCGGAUGAUAUUGAGCGGACGGUUAAAGGGGACCCUUCCAGAGUCCGACAGCUGGAGGUGUUGGAGUUUGACAUUGUGGGCGAGCUCGAGUCGCUCGUCGACAUGUUCAGCGUGCAGGGGCUCAGCAACGGGAUGUUUCGCAACACUCACUUGCCCUCCUCCGCUCUCACUGCCACUCCCUAUUCGCCCCUCUCCCUUGUUCCCCUCCUCUCCCUCUUCCCCUCGACUCCCUCGUCCCCCUUUCCCUCCUUUUCCCAUCUGCCCCUCGUCUCCCUUGUCUCCCUCGUCUCCCUUGUCUCCCUUGUCUCCCUCGUCUCCCUUGUCUCCCUCGUCUCCCUUGUCUCCCUCGUCUCCCUUGUCUCCCUUUCCCUCUUUUCUCCCUCUGCCCUGCCCCUCAACUCCCUCGUCCCUCGUUGCCCUAUCCUCUCCUGCCGCCCGCCAGGCGCAGCGGCCACGGUCCCAGUGUGGACGCGGACGGCACGCCAGCUUCUGCCACCACCAGCGCUGCCACCGACGCUGCAGGCAGCACAGAGGGCGACACUGACACUUCAGCAGCAGCAGGCGCAGCAUCAGCAGCAGGGGGAGCAGGAGGGGGCGCAGGGGCAGCAGGGGGGGCGGGUGGGGGGGGGGAAGGAGGGGGGACGGGAGAGGCGGAUGGUGACGUUUAUGUUUGAGGUGGAUGAUUCGGGGCCGGGCAUCCCCGCACACAAGAGGCAGCUCGUCUUUGAAAACUUCCAGCAGGCCGAUGCUUCCACCAACCGCACCCAUGGCGGCACGGGGCUCGGGCUGGGCAUCGUCAAAUCCCUGGUGCAACUCAUGGGGGGGCACAUAGCGGUGGUGGACAAGGAGGGGGCGGGGGCGCGGUUCCGGUUUGACCUGUGCUUUGAGGCGCUGGACCACAGCAGCGUGUGGAAGAACAGCAUGCUGCAGCCUGAGUUCCUGCUGCCCAAGCUCACCACCGUCGAGGGCGGCCAAGUCCUCCUUGCCAUGCGCGAGGAAUCCGCCGGCGCUGCCAUCGCCUGCGCGUGGCUGGAGCGGCGGAAGCUGCACGUGUGGCGGGCCACGCAGUGGGGCGAUAUCAUGCCAGCUGUCUCGUCUAUGCUGGUUCACAGAGCGUCGGAUCGAGCGGGGUUACAGCCGAGGGUGUCGAGGUCUAUGAGCUGGUCGCUCCCCCCACCAGUGGAGGAGGAGGACGGGGCAGUGGACAAACAGGCGCCCGCCACGUCAGCAGCGGGAUCCCGCAGAGCGCUGCCGUCCCCGGCGUCGCUGGCAGCAGCAGCGGGCGGCAUGUCUCCAUCUGCCAGACUCAUGGCACGGGGGGGCGUGGGGGGAGGCGGGGGAAGAGAGGGGGGAACAGGCGGAGGGGGGGGAGGGGCAGGGGGAGCGGUGGGGUCACCAGGAGAUACCGCGGCUGGUGGGACUGGGGAAGGGCCAGGGGCGGCAGGGGGCGUGGGAGGGGCGAGUGAGAGUCAGAGGGAUGGUGGCAGUGGCAAGGGGUCAACACACAGAGUGGGCCGCGCUCGCUCUAUGAAGCAUUCACCGGGGGCAGUCGGGGAAGGCAACUUUGAGACUGCGCUGGCCAGCAAGCGGGUUCUAAUUGCAGAGGAUACAGCACUGUUGCGCAAGGUGGCCAUAAUCCGCAUGCAGAAGCUGGGGUGCGAGGUGGAGGCAGUGUGUGACGGGCAGCAGGCAGUGGACGCCAUUCUCGCCACCUACGCUGCCAGAGACACUCAGGGAGACGCCGCCAUGCACUUCGAUGCUGUUCUCAUGGACUGCCAG